AUGAAAGAAAAAAUCCACCUCCUCCUCAUAUGCAUAUUCUCUGCUUCCUCCUCGGCUUUACCAACUCUAGAACGCUCAGAAGCGAGCCAAUUUCUUUCCCGGCAAAGAAGAGCGAACUCUGGCGGAAUUGAAGAAAUCUCGGAGGGAAACUUGGAGCGAGAAUGCAUCGAAGAGGUGUGCAAUUUUGAAGAAGCGCGAGAAGUGUUCGAAAAUCAUGACCAGACGAUUCAAUGGUGGGAGACUAACCAUCCCAGCAAAACGAGCAAGAAGACGCCGACGGGGGUGAUCAUCGGAGUUGUCUGCGGAUUGAUUGCGUUUAUUAUCAUCAUCGCCAUUAUUAUUUUCGCUGCGAAAUCCGCCGAAAGAAGCUCUAGAACCAAGUACCACUCGAACUAUCCGAACCGGAAUGAGUCCGGCCCCCCUCCGCCUUAUGAAGUCGCGCAAGGAGUGCUCCACACUGGAAACAGCCAAAUGCCACAGAUCAAGAUUCGUGAUCCAGCGCUGCGACAAGCUGUUGCUUCUUGCUACAUCGAAAGAAAUCGAAUUCAUUUAGGACGAAAAAUCAAGGAAGGAAAUUUCGGAGUGGUCUACGAAGCAAAAUGGAACCAAAGCGCGGAAAGAACUCGUCGUGUCGCGGCGAAAACGAUGAAGAAUAUCGAAUCGCAGCAGCAACUCGAGAAUUUUUUGAAAGAAGGAGUCAUGAUGAAAGAAUUCAACCACCCGAAUAUCAUCAAAAUCUAUGGCGUCUGCACUGCUCCUGGUGAAUAUCCCAUCAUCAUUCUUCCCUUCAUGGAAAAUGGCGAUCUUCGAUCUUUCUUGCGCGAUUCAAGCAACGAAAUCACUGUGGCAGAACUGAUCGGCUAUUGCGUCGACAUUUGCGCUGGAAUGGAGCAUUUAGCAACGAAGGGCAAAGUUCAUCGUGAUCUUGCUGCUAGAAACGUCCUCGUUGGAUCGUACAAUGACGAAAUUGAACGACACAUUAUCAAAGUUGGCGAUUUUGGAUUGAGCCGCGAUUUGAAUCAAUCCGAUUAUUACAGAUCGACGCAGCACUCGGAACUGCCGCUAAAGUGGAUGUCCCCGGAGAGCAUUCGCUACCAUCGUUACACAGAGAAAUCCGAUGUUUGGUCAUUCGGCGUUACAAUGUGGGAAACAAUGACGCGCGCGGUCGCGCCUUACGCCACAGUUGAUCCGGUUUACAUUCUCGAUCAUAUUGACAGUGGCAACCGUCUGGAAAAGCCGAGACAUUGCCCUGAAAAUGUUUAUAAAGUCAUGAAGUCUUGUUGGGCAGGAAAUGCUGAUAAUCGGCCAACAUUCGCGACUCUUUUAACGAAAUUAUUGGAUAUUUAUAAUCGCCGAAUAGACCAACUACGCGCCGAGCAAGACGCACUCAAUCAAUCCUACCCAGAUACAAGAUCCCGACUGAGCUCGAACCGCGACGAAGAUAAUCUCGAAAUCACGAGGCUAUCACACCAGCCCUCGGAAAUGACUACCAACGACUAUAAUCCAGAGCCACACAUGAUCUAA